AUCGAAUCCCAAACUUAUGGUGAGGUUGAUCCGUUCCUCACCUCCAGCUCGCCCGUGUACCGCGAGAACUACAAGCAGCGCGACAUCAACACCUCAUUCCUCACCACUCCCCUCAAGAUCGACUACACUGACACUUUUGUGGAUCAACAAGACUGCAAGAUGUUGGUGCAGAGGAUU